AUGACACCAGAGCCGAAUACAAUAAGGGCAAAAUUGCGAGGCCUGUCCUCACUCAAGGGCCCUCUGCCAGAUAUUGAUCCUGCGACGCUGCCUGACACCCCACAGGCGGCCUUUGAAGUCUGGCUUGACGAGGCCAUUGCCCAAGGCAUCACCGAACCUCAUGCUAUGACUCUAUCGACGGUCGACAAACAGGGAGGACCGGAUGCUCGUGUCCUAAUCUUGAAAGACCUUGAUGAGCGCGGUUGGCAUUUCGCGGCAAAGGGUACUAGUCCAAAGGGUAGGCAGAUUGAGCAAAACGCCGAGGUGGCCCUGACCUUCUACUGGCCAAAAUUGGGACGCCAGGUGCGCAUUCGGGGCGUUGCUCAUGCACAAUCCGUUGACGAUUGUGCACGAGACUUCUCUGAGCGACCCGUCAGCUCCAAGAUCAGCGCUGCAGCCUCCAAGCAGAGCGACAUCUUGUCAUCAACGGAUGAGCUGAGACAGGCACUGAAGAGCGCGGAAGCACUUUUUACGGAGAAUCCAGAUCAGGUCAUGCCUGCCUGGAAAGUUUACGCUGUAGCGCCGACUGCGGUUGAGUUCUGGCAAGGUGCAACAGAUCGGAUGCAUAGGCGCAUACUAUACCAACGUGAGGGUGAAGCCUGGAAGAAGCAAGCGCUUUGGCCCUAG